UCACAGCACCACAACAUCAUCACCAUCACCACCAUCAACAGAAAAACCACGAGGAUGGCCGAACUGAUCAACGAACUCACUCAGUAUCUAUCAGCACUCUACACAAACCCAGACCCAAGCAUCAAAUCGAACGCAAACCAAUGGCUUCAAUCAUUCCAGAAAACGGAACAAGCUUGGGUUACAUCGGACGUCAUACUCAAAACACAAGAGGCCCCGAUCGAGUGUAAACUAUUUGCUGCUCAAACUUUUCGUGCCAAGAUCACCUUUGACCUCGAUCAACUGCCAGAGCCGCAUAGACUACAGCUGAGAGACUCGCUCUUAACGGCCCUCAGCCAGGAUUCGAUCAUUUCCUCCAAAAUCAUCCUCGUCCAGCUCUGUCUAUCUCUGGCCGAUCUGGCAUUACAACUUCCUGCAUGGCCAACAGUCGUCACCGAUCUCAUCGAAAAGUUUGGAAAGAACCCUCAAACCGUGCCAAUCUUACUCGAGUUCCUCACCGUCUUCCCUCAAGAGAUCGUCGGUAAUCAAAAGAUCAAAAUUCUCAAUCAAUGGAGUACACCUGAGAUCGCUCAACUCGUCCCAAAUACCCUCUCGAUGUAUCUGGGAGCUCAAGGUAUCACGACGGCCAUCAAGACACAAAUCUUCCAUUGCUUGAGCUCUUGGUUGAGGGCAGGAGAAAUUCAAAGUAGCUCAGCAGGAACUGAAUUCAUCCUCGGAUGUGCUUUCUCGGCGCUAGAAGAUGAUUCACUAUUCGAAGCGGCGGUGGACUUUAUUGUCGAUCUGAUUCAUGAGACUCAAGAGAUUGAAGAAAGCAUGCCGGUCAUCCAACUGCUCCUAUCCUUCCUGAUUGCCCUUCAACCCAAACUCACUCAAGACCGAGAUGAUCCAGAUAAGAUGCGUGGCUACUGUCGAAUCUAUGUCGAAGCUGGAGAAUGGUACACCCCAUUGAUCCUCCGUCAUCCUGAAACUUUCUUGCCGAUCGUCCUUGCCAUUCGUUCGUGCUGUGAUUACGACGAUCUCGAAGUGGUCGGGAUCACCUUCAACUUUUGGUAUCGGCUCUCCAAGGGACUCCAUCGCAAGAGAGAAGAUGCCAACGCCAAGCCACUGCUAGAAGUCUAUUCCAGUCUCGUAGAAACUAUAAUCCGUCAUCUUCACUAUCCCGAUGAUCCCAGCUCUCAGGUCGGCCAAGAGGCCGAUGAUUUCCGUCGCUUUCGGCACGACAUUGGCGACACCCUCAAGGAUUGCUGCUAUGUACUUGGCGCCUCAGUCUGUCUCAAGAGGUCUUAUGACAUCAUUGUUCAAGCCCUGUCGAGCAGCUCCAACGUCAAAUGGCAGGACAUCGAAGCACCCCUAUUUUCGAUGAGAACCAUGGGCGCUGAGGUGGAUCUUAAAGAAGAUGGGAUCCUGCCAAUGAUCAUGGACAUCAUCCCUAGACUACCCGCCCACCCUAAGAUCCGAUAUGCUACUAUUCUUGUACUCUGUCGCUACACCGAAUGGACUAACUUUCAUCCCGAUGGAAUCCCCUUUCAACUCCAGUAUAUCUCUUCUGGAUUUGAAGAUCCUGCCCAAGAAGUCAGACUGGCAGCAGCCCAAGCCAUGAAAUUCUUGUGUCGGGAUUGCUCCCAGCAUUUGGUCACUUAUCUUCCUCAAUUACAUUCGUUUUAUCAAAACAUGAGCUUAACUCUUGGUCAGGAUGAUAUGAACGAAGUUUCUGCAGCCAUUGCACACAUCAUCGCUGGUCUUCCAGCCCCUCAAGGCGCUGCCGCCAUGUCCACAUUCUGUAUGCCUCUUGUUGAAGGACUGCACAAUGUUGCGGUCAGGAAGCAAGCACCCACUAAGCAAGUACAACAAAAUGUUGCAGAUCUUCUGGAGCGCCUGGACACAUUCCUAUCGAUUAUUAACAGGCUGGAAGGUGAUCUACCGGCGGACUGUCUCAAGACAAUGGGCGAGAUCUGGACAGUAAUAUCUGAGAUCCUUGGACAAUAUGGGAGCAGCAUCAAGCUCUCGGAGCGAAUCUGUGCGCUAAUCCGACGCGGGCUGACGUUCUAUGGCCCAGGCUGUCUGCCUCUCAUCGGCUCGGUCUUGGAGAAGGUCACCGCUGGAUUCGAGGCCUCCGGUUGCUCCAGUUAUCUCUGGAUCACUUCCAAGGUCAUCACCGCUUUCCCUGAACUCACCGAUCCUAACUUCCUCUCUGCUAUCAAACUUGCCUUUGAACGGCAGAGUAGUCGGGUAUUCCCUCUGACCAGCCAGACCGAUGCAUCCUCAAUCUCUGAUGUGAUUGAUGAUUACAUACAUCUUUUGUCUAGCUUGAUGGAUAACCAACCCGAGAUUCUGAUACCUUCGAGCUGUUUCCACCAAUCCUUCCCGUUGGUGCUGACCAGUCUUGAGUUUGUCGAUCCCGAGCCGGUGUUCACGAGUCUGAACUACGUCCGACAGAUCCUGGGGCACUCGAGCUUAGAGCUACAGGCGGCAGCCUCUUCGUCAUCUGGAGCUGGGGGGAAGCCUGGAUCGACGACGAGCAAGCCUGGGUCGAGUCAGAUGGCCGUUCCGGUCGCUCCCGCGGGUUACGAUGUCUUUGCACAGUCGAUCAAUCAAGUCGUCUCUCAGAACGGAUACUUGCUCUCUGAGGUCUUGCUCAGGAGAACCCUCACUGACUUUCCCGAAGAUUCCCUCUCCACCGUCAUUAUCCUGUUCAGGCUUUUGGCCGACUUUUUCCCCACUCAAUUGGCAACUUGGGUCCCUUCUGUCGUCGAACGAUUAUCCCCUAAGGUCGCUACUAUCCCUGAUCGAGAAAAAUUCCUUGUGGCUUUCAAACAGGCGUUGGAACAAAAUCGAUCCGAUUUAGUGAAAGAAUCUAUACUCGGUUUAGUCAAAAGUUCAAAACGUGAACGAGCUCGAGAAAGGUUCACAGAAGAUCGUUAAGAAUAAUUAAAUAGCCCAAUCUUAUCCAUUCAGUCAAUACAAAAAAAAUCAAAAACAAGGGGGGGUUUCUUUUUUAUCCAUUGAUUGAAUUGUGCAAAAGUUACUAUCUUUUAGAUAUCUGAUAUCUAAACAAAUUAUAAAGAAAUAUGCAUCUAAAAUUUAUUGGCAAUGGAAUCUGAAACAAAAAAUGAAUCAGAUCCAACAAA